AUGCAGCGCAAGCCACAGUUCCUAAUGUUGACUACCAGAGUAUUUAGCCUGAUUGGCAAGCGAGCAAUUUCCACCUCAGCGUGUGCACGAGCACACGGGAGUGUUGUGAAGAGUGAAGACUUCUCUCUCCCGGCUUAUGUUGAUCGACGUGACUAUCCCUUGCCCGAUGUGGCCCACGUCAAGAACCUUUCUGUCAGCCAGAAGGCCUUGAAAGAGAAGGAGAAGAACCCCUGGAAUAGUCUAUCGAUUGAUGAAAAAGUUGAAUUGUAUCGCAUCAAGUUCAACGAGAGCUUUGCUGAAAUGAACAGGAGCACGAAUGAAUGGAAGACAGUUGUGGGUGCGGCCAUGUUUUUCAUCGGCUUCACUGCUCUCAUUCUGAUGUGGGAGAAGCGCUAUGUGUAUGGCCCCAUCCCGCACACCUUCGAAAAGGAAUGGGUGGCCAAGCAGACCAAGAGGAUGCUCGACAUGAAGGUCAGCCCGAUCCAGGGCUUCUCUGCCAAGUGGGACUACGACAAGAACGAGUGGAAGAAAUAA